UCAAUUUCUAAAACUACAAAUAUAAUUUUUUUUUUCUUAAUAAAAAAUAGUUGUUAAUUGUUAGAUUAUCACCUACGAAAGUUAGCCUCCCUCCUAGACAUUCUUUGCUGACAUACAGCUAUGAUCCAUAUUAUAUAUAUUGAAGGUGAAAUAAUCUCGAAGUCUAAAAAGCAAUUAAUCAAUGCUUGAAUUGAAGAGCACGCUCCAUGAUUGAAGGGAUCAAAACCCAUUCAUCAGUGUAGAAAUUUACUUUACAACAGAAAUUUUGCAAAGUUUUUAAUACAAAAUCUCCUUUAAAUUCUCUUCAAUAAAUUCAUUCUAGUUGGUCAAUAUAGUUUUUUGCAAUCCUUGAUUGAUUUGAUUAAACUUCAAACUCUUCCAAUGAAACCUCCAUUCCAAGUGGGUAGUCUAAUAGCAUCUUGGUCAUUUGUUUUCUUGUUUCUUUCUUGUCUGUCUAGGUUCUGGCAGCAAUGAAACAGAUCAACUAGCAUUGGUUGCAUUCAAGUCCCAAAUAACUGGUGAUCCCUUCAAUCUUCUCACUUCCUGGAACCAUUCCACCCAUUUUUGCCAGUGGAUUGGUGUCACAUGCGGCCGCUGCCGCCACCAGAGGGUCGUCUCGUUACAUCUCGGUCCCAGAAAUUGUCAGGUUGCUCUAAGCUCAUCCGCUUUGAUGUUUCUUACAACAAAUUGGUGGGGCAACUUCCUCUGGAGUUUGACUACUCUUCACUAAAACUUCAGGUUAUACAUAUUUCACAUAAUCAACUUAGUGGAGGUAUCCCUUCUUCUUAUGGAAAUCUAUCAUAUCUUCAGAAAUUUGUUGCAACCAUAAAUAAUUUCCAUGGGAGUAUUCCUGACACUUUUGGAAAAUUGACAAAUCUUCAGGUUAUUGCUUUCGGUGCAAAUAAAUUGUCGGGGACCAUUCCAACAUCGAUCUUCAAUAUCUCUACUACACACAACUACUUAUACUAA